CCCAUUUUGCUUGCCUUGUCAUUUAUUGUAUUGCUGGUUGUCAAAGCGAAACCCAAGGAAAAACGUACGUAAUCCAGACAAUGGCGGUUCCAAAGGCAAGCAAGGCACCGGCCCCUUCUUCACCCCGGAUAUGGCUGGCCACUGGCAAGCAGAUGGCUGCAAUUAUUAGGAAUAUGCUGAGGCAACCCCGAUCGGCAUUUAUGACUUUUGAAAAGUGGGCGGCGCCGUUGCUGGCACAAAUGGGCGACACGACUGACUCCGCUUGUUCCCUAGAAGCCAGGCUGUCGCUGUUUGAACGGUGCAUGGUGCAAGUGAAGCUGCAGUGCGGCAGGCGUCAGACAUCUGCCAGGAGUGGGAUUAUAUGUACUAGCGAAGACGGCGACAUGCCCAUUGGUUUCAUCACCCUUGCUGACCGGGCAAUGACGAUGAAUAACGUCACUACUAUGACUGGUACGUGUUCACUGCACGGCCUGUAUGGUAUGUGGGCCCAUGAAUCACGCAUGGUUACCCUAGUGGAUAGCGAUAGACGACCUACUCAUAGGGCCUAUUUGACGGUAAUCCCUUGACACGCUUAUGCGAUAAUACAUAUACCCGCUACUGAAAAUAAUCAAUGCCUUGCACUUGUGGAGUAGCGAGGAACAUCACUGGAGGUGGCCAGGGGUAAAGCGUGUCCUGUCCCAGUAUCAAAAUAGAAGGGAGGGCGGAGAA